AUGACUGCAACACUUCAUCUCACCGGCCGGCGACCUCAUCAGGCUCGCCUCACUUCACCGGCGAUUGCGACUCAUCAGCGUCACCGUCUCGGAGACUACUUGAGGGUGGCGACAGUGAACGAAGUCGAGGGCGGUGAUGUUCGUUGGAGACUCACUUGGGCGAAAGCAAUAGGAGUCGCUGAUUUGCAGAAAUAUAAAAAGGCUUUUCAUAUAUUUCUUAAACAUUUUUUUGUAAUAUACAAGAAUUGGAAGCCAUUAGAUUUAGAUAAUUCCACAGAAGCUGCUUUGGGUGUCGCAUAUGGGGAGGAGUCUGAAAAUCCUGAUGAGAUCAUCAUUGGCUGUUCUACUGCACAUCCUGCUGAAAUCAUAGUGAUCUUGAUAGAAGAAGUUACAAAUAUAACAGCUAUGGUCACUGAAUGCAUAUCAGGGUCUUCAAGUAGCUUGGUCAUUACACCUGAAGGUUUUCGUGUCUUAAAAUGUUUGACCAUCAUGACCCGGUCAAUGCAUAACUGUAAAGUUUUGGGGUAUUAUGGUGGUAUUCAAAAGCCGACAGCACUAAUGAAAGGUGCUAACAAAUAUGGUGUCAUUAUCAUUGUUGUUGUUUUUGGAUACGGAUAUGUUUGGUUGAAGCUAAACAACUUGACACUGUCUACUCAUCACUUGCAGCUACCAAGAGACAUUUAUCUACGAGGAUUGACCGUGUUGAUAGUAGUCUUUAACAAGACGGAUUUGAAAUCUUUGGAAGGGAUUUCGGAAGAUGAUAAGAAGUUAGUUAGAAGCAAUGAAUAUUUUUGUUGUAGAUGGUCAACAGCUAAAGCCAUGGAAGCUGAAAAGGUGAAGAGGAAACUCGAAAGGGAUAAUGAGAAUGAAAAUGAUGGAGCGGGUGUUUACUCUGCAACUUUGAAGAAACAUUAUCUUUUAGCUGAUGAUAAAUGGAAGGAAGAUAACAUGCCUGAAAUACUCGAUGGGCAUAACGUGUAUGAUUUUAUUGAUUAG